AUGCUCCCCAAACACCAGGUUCUGCGCGCCGCCCCGCGCUUUGCCGCGCAGAUUCGGGCCCCGCGUUUUGCCGCGCAGAUUCGGGCGCCGGUCCAGCGCCGCUUCAUGAGCUCCCCAGGACCGAGCACCGAGAGCGCCUUUGUCCGCGAGCGCCGCGCCGUCAAGGAGCACGCACACGCCAGCACUGAGCUGUGGCGCAAGAUAUCUCUUUACGUGGUCCCCGUUGCCCUGGCUGCCUCUGCGGCCAACGCCUACUACCUGUGGAACGAGCACUGGGAGCACUGGUCUCACAUGCCCCCUCUGGAGGAGCGCAUCGAAUACCCCUACCAGAACAUCCGCACCAAGAACUACCAGUGGGGUGAUGGCGACAAGACCAUUUUCUGGAAUGACAACGUAAACUACCACAACAAGGACAAGACCACUUAG